UCUUCUUCUCUUCAACAACAAUAUUACCCACCUCUAUGUCUCUGCGUUACCUCUUCGCCGGAGUAACCCACACCGCUGUCAACCAUACUCACCUCAUGCUCAAGCCCUAUAUUGGCUUCUGUGCACUAUUAAAUCACAAUGCUUUGAUCCCCAUUUCUUCUUCUUCUUCUUCUUCAGCGUUUGUAUUUCUCCAUGGCUCUCCUUCUUUUUCUUCUGCAAACCCAAUUUCAGGUUCACAAAGUUGUACAACAUCACCCCCAUGUGGUGGCACUUGCAUUUACAUGGGUGCCCACGAGGAUGAUUGGAUCAUCAGACUCGCCAAGUUUGCAGUAGAGCAGCACAAUUUCAAAGAGAGUAAGAAUCUUCAAUAUGUGAGGGUGAUGGGGGCAAGCCACACUAUGGUUUCUAGCAUAUUGUACCAUAUUACACUGGAGACAGUUGAUGCUACUAAGCCUAAGAUUUACCAUGCAGUUGUUUGGUUACAAAUAUUAAAGAACUUCAUGGAGUUGCUUGCAUGGAAGCCCGUUAAUGACCGCUUGUCGGUUCUUGGUGUUAAGUCCGGAUUCUUGUGCUUUGCUCAAUUUGCCAAACACUGCAUCUGCAUGUUUCCUGAGAAAUUGUUGGAAAAGAAACCAAUCCAAGUUGUUAAUUACUAUAAAUGUUUUACCUCCAAAUCUAAAGUGCACAGGACAAAUGCAAGGGCCCCCUCGCACCUUUCCCUUCUUCAUUUACUUAAGCUGAACUUUUGAAGGCAUUCAUUUUCAAGAUGUUCCUUUGGUAUUCUGUCUGAAGUAAAGAGAGAAGAGAUGAAAAGAAAUGAACACAUGAUGUUUUGCUUCAUGAAGGCAACCAAUUGAACUAGCCAUCCAGAGAGGCAAGUAUUGCAUGCCCUAGGAAUCUACAGUAUCAGCCCAAUGCUAGGCAUCACACAGGCCUAGUCAACAUAGCUAGCAUGUAAGAUCACCCUAAGCAUAAGAGCUGACAUGCUUUUCCGCUAGUCUUUGCUUAUUCCGAGGUUGUCGAGGGGAACUUAGAUACUGAACAUUUAUGACACUACUGAUUGAUAGUUUAACCACCCAUAGAGAGACUUAUGUAAUUCUACAUCUUGGGUAGGAGAAAAACUUGUCAUCCGUUAGUUACUACCAUGCUGCCCCUUGAAAGUUUAUCUGAUCUAGGAUUUUUACAGCUUCAAUUUUUUAAACUUCUGCUUACUAAUGCAAUGUAGGGAUCCAUGGAACAACCAACAACCAUGACCCUGUACUCGUGUCUUCACAUAGGUAAACUUGUUUAAAAGUCGUCACUUUCAAGCCAAUUUGUUUUUCUUUAUUAAAACUAUCCAGUCAGUUUAUCAAUCAUACUACCCCCACAAUCACUUUAGCCACUCAAACCAUAUAAUAUAUAGGACUACAACAACCUUAAAGUAAAUCCCUGAGUCAUGCCAGGUUCUAUUUGGAAACUUGAUAUUCUAAAACAGCUUAAUAGUGGUUGAUUUUGCCUCUAGUUUAGAAAAUCCUAUCCAUUGUUUGUUAAGUUUUAAAUCGACGUUUAUGCUUUUGUCAUUCUUGAGCUGUACUUUUCUCUGGCUUUUGUAGUUCUCAGUGUAGAUAGCUUUAGUAGUGUCUUCAUAAAGGAAUAGUGUUAUUUAUCCCGCUUGUAUGUAUUUUCACAGCAUUUCUGUGGAUGUGAAACAUAGAACAGUUAUUAUAGUGGCAGCAAUGAAUAUUUGAAUAAUUAUUCUGUAGGUUAUUUUAGUGGCAGCAUUAAAUGUUACUAGUAUCACCCUUGAGGUAUAAACGCAUUACAUGCAUCCAUUUGUAAAUACUUGUAUAAAGGAUUUUAUAGAUGACAUGUCUAUGAGUAAUGCUAGAGGGGUUAGAAUUUUUAUCCACAUCAAUUGAUCAAAUGCUCGGGCAGUUGAUGUGUUAAUUAACAAUUGGACUUAGUAGCGACGUACUAAGUACAUAUGAACUGCCACAUCAAGUGGUUAGAUAAUUGGGUCUCUGUAGUAUUUUUCUUUGUUUAUUGUCUAAUUACUUGUUUGAGCCAGUCAGUGAAAGUGGCGAACUUCAUACUUGAAAGUAUCAACACAUCUGUUAAUGGAUAUUGGCUGUUCGCGGAUGCCUUCUCUGACAGAUGUGUGACUGAAUAAGAAAAAUGGAACAGCUGAAAUUUUUUUACAUUGUUGUAUAGUUUGUAGUUAAUUACGGUAGUGAAAGAGUUUCAUUCUCUGAAUGCCUCAAAAGUACAUUUGAUGAGUGUAGCAUUGUCUAUGUACCUCCAGAGGACAGAUUUUCAUGCAUACCCUGAGAAGCAAAGAGACAUUAACCUGACAGUACAUGCCUUGAAACUCCAUGGGUAAUAAAAGUAAUAAAUUUGAAAAGCUUAGUGAUGCAGAGUAAUUGCUGUCUUUGACUUAUAAUCUGUAUUACAAGUUGAGAGUGUUGGUCAUGCAAUAGGCAAUUGAAUUCUUUGGUAUUUAUGCCCCAAUUUCAAAGUUUUUCACUUGCCUGCUUAUAUAUGUUUUCUUUAUGUAAUUUGGUUUCGGUU